CCAACUAUCCUACAUUUACACCCACCCGUAUCAAUGAUGGCUGCUUUCGGAGUUCAUUUCGGAACAACUUCUGCGUGUCUUGCAGUUUACAAGGAUGGAAAAACAGAUGUGGUAGCCAAUGAUCUAGGAGACCGGACAACACCAUGUGUGGUGGCUUACACAGAGCAUGAUCAGGCUGUUGGUGUAGCAGCAAAACAAGGGAGCAUCAGAAAUACACAGAAUACAAUAGGUUAUGUGAAGUGUGUGUUGGGAAGAUCAUGGGAAGAUCCAGUCACUCAGGAAUAUAUCAAAAAAUCACCAGUAAAGAUAGAAAAUAAGGAUGGAAACCUGUUGUAUGUUGUGGAUUUCAGAGGAGAAAUUAUAAGUGCAACUCCUACGGAUGUAGCAACAGCUAUUUACAAACAGAUGAAAGAGACAGCCAGUAGUCACGGAGAUGGAGAUAUCCACGACUCAGUUCUUGCUGUGCCAUCUCAAUUUUCUGCAGAGCAACGGAAAGCAUUUGGCGAAUGUGCUUCUCGAGCAGGUUUUAGUGUGCUGAGGACAAUCAAUGAAUCCGUAGCAGCAUUACUGGCAUAUGACCUAGGUCAAAUAGACAACACACUUCAAUGUAUUGUUCUAAUUUGUCGCCUUGGUGGAGAUUCAACAGAUAUAUCUGUCGUACGUCUACAAGGUGGUCUCUACAAGAUUUUGGGCAGUACCAGCUGUCAAGAAGUGGCAGGAAGCAAGUUCACAAAUAUUUUGGCAGAUUUCUUGGCUAAGGAAUUUUACAAAAAAUACAAGUUGGAUGUCAAAGAAAGCCGGAGGUCAUUAAACAAACUAAGAAUGGCCACAGAGGUCUGCAAGCAUACUUUGUCCACAUUGGAAAAUGCCCAAGUCUCAAUCGAUUCACUACAUGAAGGGGUAGACUUCCAUAGCAGUGUAUCUAGGGCCAGGUUUGAGAGCUUGUGUGGCUGUCUUGUACAAAGGUGCACAGCACUCAUUGAUGAAGUAUGUGCCAAAUCCUGUGUCAAUUCAUCAGAUAUUGAUAAGGUCAUUGUUUGUGGAGGUGGUGCAAAACCUCCAAUAGUACAAAAAGCAAUCUCAGAUUAUCUUAAGAAUGCAGAGAUAUUAAACACUAUUCCACCAGAUGAAGUGAUUGCAAUUGGAGCAGCUAAACAGGCAGCCAUUUUAACAGGUGCCAAGGAAAGUGAAAUCCUGAAUGGUGAAAAUGAAAUAGAAUGUCUUUCAAAGACCAUUUGCAUAAAAGGUUUGGAUAUCAACAAAGAUUGUAUAUUAUAUCCAAUAUUCCAAGAGAUGACCCCCUUUCCAGCACGAAGACAAGAAGUAAUGAAUUUAUGUCCCAAUCAAACUUGUAUGGAGAUGGAUAUAUGUGAAUGCACUGAUAUUGACAAUCCAGAUACUGCAAAGUGCUUAGCAAAGAUUGUGAUGAGAGACUUGCCAGAAAAGGGAUGUGUAUCGACUACAUUUCACUUAAGAAGGGAGGGAUCAUUACACAUAACAUGUCGAGAGGAAACUUCACAAAAGGUGGAGCAAGUGACAGUAGAUAUUUGCAGCUACUAAAGCUAUAGGAACACAACUAUGCAAGUGCAUGGAUGCCUUUCAGUCCAGAUGUCUGCAAAAUUGCUCUUUAUAUUGACAGUAUCAGUCAUUAUUCAUACUUCAAUUUCUGUCAUUGUUAAAACAACUUUCUUUGAAAUUGUAUUGAAAUGGUUUUUUAACUAAUUUGAUUCAGUACAUUAAAAUUAUAAUUAUAUUGAUGGAUACCCACUUAGUGUGAAUAAAGGUGACUGUCUUCUAA